AUGGAGAAGAUAACGGAAUUCCAGCGCGCGCAGAGUUCUGUUGAGACUGUCUUCAAUUUGCUCGCGGUCGACGUUGAAUCCCUGGAAAUCAUGAUGAACUUCGGUGGUAAAUUGGCCUUCGAGCAGAAAAAAGUGACGAGGACGAAACCAACAGGAUUUUACCCGGGGACCGCUGUUGAACACGGGCUGGGUUUCCCAUUGGAAGUCGCCUCUUUCGUGCUGAAUGGUCUCCAGUACAUGAUCUUUGCCAAAGUAUCUGAACGCAGGGGUGGCGGAAGAGCCGCUUCCCCGGGUCUCUGGAUAUUCAGACUGAUUCUUCUGUCGGCGCAGAACCACAACCUUAUGUCAUGGCCGGCAGUGAUGACCUUUCCGACUCAGGCGACGACAGGCGACGAGGUCGAGUCCGAGGAAGGCGAGUGCGAGAAGAUCCAGGAAGCCCGAAUUAUGCAGCAUAAACAAGCCAGCGAUCGUGGAGAGGCCCCUAAGAUUGAAGCGGGCUACGAAAAUGAGCUCAGCGGACGUGAAGGUAUAAAAUCUGGAGUACACUGA